UGGGGAAGAGGAAAGGGAAAGGAGGACAGAAAAAGGAAGACUUGAGAGAACGCUGCAAAGCAAAGCACCCGAAACUUUCCACCCUGGAUUCUCUACUUUUGCUCCAUGGACAGAGCCCCAGCCAGCCAAGUUUCAGACAGACCGUGAGCAGUCCCAGUGCAUUUUAUUGCGACCUGCCGGUGGGAACUUUGUCUCCGAGUCGGAGCAGCAUGGAGCGGCGGAGCGAGAGCCCGUGUCUGCGGGACAGCCCCGACCGGCGGAGCGGCAGCCCAGACGUCAAGGGGCCUCCCCCGGUGAAGGUGGCCCGACUGGAGCAGAACGGCAGCCCCAUGGGAGCCCGCGGGAGGCCCAACGGCGCGGUGGCCAAGGCCGUGGGAGGUUUGAUGAUUCCUGUCUUUUGUGUGGUGGAGCAGUUGGAUGGCUCUCUUGAAUAUGACAACAGAGAAGAACAUGCUGAGUUUGUCUUGGUGAGGAAAGAUGUGCUUUUCAGCCAGCUGGUGGAGACGGCACUCCUGGCCCUGGGGUAUUCCCACAGCUCUGCAGCUCAAGCCCAAGGAAUAAUCAAGCUGGGGAGGUGGAACCCUCUCCCCCUCAGUUAUGUGACAGAUGCACCCGAUGCGACAGUGGCCGACAUGCUACAAGAUGUCUAUCAUGUGGUGACGUUGAAAAUUCAAUUACAAAGUUGUUCAAAGUUGGAAGACUUGCCUGCGGAGCAGUGGAACCAUGCCACAGUCCGCAAUGCCUUAAAGGAACUGCUCAAAGAGAUGAACCAGAGCACAUUAGCCAAAGAAUGCCCUCUCUCCCAGAGUAUGAUUUCAUCCAUUGUAAAUAGCACAUAUUAUGCCAAUGUGUCAGCAACUAAGUGCCAGGAGUUUGGGAGAUGGUAUAAAAAAUAUAAGAAGAUUAAAGUGGAAAGAGUGGAGCGAGAGAACCUUUCAGACUAUUGUGUUCUGGGCCAGCGUCCAAUGCAUUUACCAAAUAUGAACCAGCUGGCCACUCUGGGGAAAACCAACGAACAGUCUCCUCAUAGCCAAAUCCACCACAGUACUCCAAUCCGAAACCAAGUGCCCGCAUUACAGCCCAUCAUGAGCCCUGGUCUUCUUUCUCCCCAGCUUAGUCCACAACUUGUUAGGCAACAAAUAGCCAUGGCCCAUCUGAUAAACCAACAGAUUGCCGUUAGCCGGCUCCUGGCUCACCAGCAUCCUCAAGCCAUCAACCAGCAGUUCUUGAACCAUCCACCCAUUCCCAGAGCAGUUAAACCAGAGCCAACCAACUCCUCCGUGGAAGUCUCUCCAGAUAUCUACCAGCAAGUCAGAGAUGAGCUCAAAAGGGCCAGCGUGUCUCAAGCUGUUUUUGCGAGAGUGGCAUUCAACCGUACACAGGGAUUGUUGUCUGAGAUUCUGCGAAAGGAAGAAGACCCUCGGACAGCCUCUCAGUCUCUUUUGGUAAACCUGAGGGCCAUGCAGAAUUUCCUCAACCUGCCUGAAGUGGAGCGGGAUCGAAUUUAUCAGGAUGAGCGAGAACGAAGCAUGAACCCCAAUGUGAGCAUGGUCUCCUCCGCCUCGAGCAGCCCCAGUUCCUCCCGAACCCCUCAGGCCAAAACCUCGACACCGACAACAGACCUCCCUAUUAAGGUGGACGGCGCCAACGUCAACAUCACAGCUGCCAUUUAUGACGAGAUCCAACAGGAGAUGAAAAGGGCCAAGGUGUCUCAAGCCCUGUUUGCCAAAGUGGCUGCAAAUAAAAGUCAGGGCUGGCUCUGUGAACUUCUCCGCUGGAAAGAAAACCCAAGUCCAGAAAACCGAACCCUCUGGGAGAACCUCUGCACCAUUCGUCGCUUCCUGAACCUCCCCCAGCACGAACGGGAUGUGAUCUAUGAGGAGGAGUCCCGACAUCACCACAGUGAGCGCAUGCAGCAUGUGGUCCAGCUCCCACCUGAGCCGGUGCAGGUCCUCCACAGACAGCAGUCGCAGCCCGCCAAGGAGAGCUCCCCGCCCAGGGAGGAGGCGCCGCCGCCGCCGCCGCCCGCCGAAGACAGCUGUGCCAAGAAGCCCCGCUCCCGCACCAAGAUCUCCCUGGAGGCCCUGGGCAUCCUGCAGAGCUUCAUCCACGACGUGGGCCUCUACCCCGACCAGGAGGCCAUCCACACGCUCUCGGCGCAGCUGGACCUCCCCAAACACACCAUCAUCAAGUUCUUCCAGAACCAGCGGUACCACGUGAAGCACCACGGCAAGCUGAAGGAGCACCUGGGCUCCGCCGUGGACGUGGCCGAGUACAAGGACGAGGAGCUGCUGACCGAGUCCGAGGAGAACGACAGCGAGGAGGGCUCGGAGGAGAUGUACAAAGUGGAGGCCGAGGAGGAGAGCGCCGAGAAGAGCAAGGCCCCGCCGGCCGAGAGCGACCAGAGAUAAUGCCAGCCCCCCCCCCCCAGGCAAAGCAAUACAUUGGGUCCAAGGAUUUUUCUGUUUUCCUUUCUUUCUUUAAACAAAUUUUUUGGCUUUAUUUUUUUUAAAUGUCUAUUUUAUUUUUUUUCUUAUCUUUAUGACAUUUCUCUGUUGCACAGGAUACACCUACAGACUGAAUCAGUUCAGUAUUUCUGAAUCAGAUAUCACCUUGGCAAAGACACCAAGUGUUAUACUUUUACAAUCGACUGGACCGUCGUAAUUAUAACCACAGGAGACUCUGCCUUCAUUAUCCUUGCACUUACGGAAGAGACAUCACGCAAAUUCCAGGAUAGAAAGACCAGCGAAAUAAAUGAAGGAAGCGACAAGUGUGUGUGUAUAUGUAUAUGUAUAUAUCUCUAUAUUUACAUAUAUAUAUUAAAGUUGCAUGGGACAGAGAACUUUGCAAUCCGAAAGAAUAGACUGUG